AUUAUCAUCACCAUUCCCAUUCCCAUUCCCAUUCCCAUUCCCAUUCCUAUUCCGAUUCCGAUUCCGAUUCCGAUUCCGAUUGUAAACUUCCGCCCGUGUACCCAAAUACUUCAGAUGCACGCAUGUGCGAGAAGUGCAUAACCUUCCUUACCUACCAGCCCACCUACAUAACAUAACAACCUAGGUAAUAAUCAAGAGUCAACAAGUCAAAUUCGUCCACAAAAAUAACAUCACGUCACAUCAAGGAAAAGAACAAAAGAAAUCAUCAUAUUCUCCAUCCAUUUCUUUGCAUAAUCAAAUAAUCAAAUAAUCAAACCCUUUACAUCACCGUAUCGCAUCUCGAUACCCUUCAAAAAUGGCGCAAUCAACUCAAUCGCCCGUCGCAGGCCACACCUCUCCGAAAAGUCCUACGUCUCCAGGAAGAUCUAGCAUACCAUCUGCCAUGCAGGCGAUGCCCGAUUCCCGUCAACAAAGCUUCGAAGAAAUCUACGGACCUCCCGAAAACUUUCUCGAAAUAGAAGUUCGCGAUCCCCAAACCCACGGCAUCGGCCGCAGCAUGUACACCGACUACGAAAUCAACUGCAGCACCAACAUUCCCGCCUUCAAGCUGCGCAAUUCGACCGUCCGCCGCCGCUACAGCGAUUUCGAAUACUUCCGCGACCUCUUGGAGCGCGAAAGUGCGCGCGUGACCAUCCCCCCUCUACCCGGCAAGGUCUUCACCAACAGAUUUAGCGACGAUGUGAUUGAGCAUCGCAGAGAGGGCCUGGAGCGAUUCUUGCAGAUUGUCGUCGGACAUCCGCUCUUGCAGACGGGUAGUAAGGUUUUGGCUGGAUUUGUACAGGAUCCAAACUGGGAUCGAAAUGCUUGGUGAAGUCGUUGGGAGAAUUUGGAAGUGAAGACUCAAAUUGUUCCACGAAAACUCAAGAAACGACGUCCGUAUACCAUGGGAAAGACGAUAUCAAUGGUACAAACAAUGUCCUAAGCUACAAUGCAGGAAACCUGAAAUAUGAUAAGAUAGCUUAUAAAAAUGGGAGCAUGUUAAUUUAGUACUCAAAAUGGG